GUGGCCGUAGCGGCCGAGAGCGGCUGGUAGCGCUUCCCGGUCCUGGGCCGCGCGGGGGAGGAGGGGGCGGAGGGGGCGUUCCCGCGGCCCCCGCCCCGCGGCCCGCGCCCGUGAUGUCACAGUCGCGGCCGGCCCCGGCGUCCCCGGGUCGGCUUGGGGCGGCGGGCUGCGAGGAGGCGGACGCGGCGGGAAGGGGCUCCCGAGGCAUGGCCUGACCCCGGCCCCUCCCCGCCUACGCCGCCCCCCAGCCGGCCCCCCCUCCGCCGGGCUAGCGUGCGCGCGGCGGCUCCGAGGGGGCGGCCCCGGGAAUGGCUGCGCCCCCUUCGGCUCCCGUGCCGCGCUCGCCCUUUUACCUGCGGAGGCCGGCGCCCGGCCCGCAGUGCCCAUGGGGCAUGGAGGAGAGAGCGGCGGCCGGCGCGCGCGGCCGGGAGCCUCCGGGCCCCCCGCGGGCUGCCGUUCCCUGCUUCGGGAUCUCUGUGCACCCGGACGACAUCCUGCCCGGCGCCCUGCGCCUCAUCCAGGAGCUGCGGCCGCAUUGGAAGCCCGAGCAAGUUCGGACCAAGCGCUUCACCGACGGCAUCACCAACAAGCUGGUGGCCUGCUAUGUGGAGGAGGACAUGCGGGACUGUGUGCUGGUCCGGGUGUACGGGGAGCGGACGGAGCUGCUGGUGGACCGGGAGAACGAGGUCAGGAACUUCCAGCUGCUGCGAGCCCACGGCUGUGCCCCCAAACUCUACUGCACCUUCCAGAACGGGCUGUGCUAUGAGUACAUGCGGGGCGUGGCCCUGGGGCCUGAGCACAUCCGGGAGCCCCGACUCUUCAGGCUAAUCGCCUUGGAAAUGGCAAAGAUUCACACCAUCCACACCAACGGCAGCCUGCCCAAGCCCACCCUUUGGCACAAGAUGCACACUUAUUUCACCCUUGUGAAGAACGAGAUCAGCCCCAGCCUUUCCGCAGACGUUCCCAAGCUGGAGGUGCUGGAGCGGGAGCUGGCCUGGCUGAAGGAGCACCUGUCCCAGCUGGGCUCCCCUGUGGUGUUUUGUCACAACGACCUGCUCUGCAAGAACAUCAUCUACGACAGCACCAAAGGUCACGUACGGUUCAUUGACUACGAAUAUGCCGGCUACAACUACCAAGCUUUUGACAUUGGCAACCAUUUCAAUGAGUUUGCAGGCACAGAAGGGGAUGGCCGUGACCGCCAGCGAGGUGCAGCGGCUCUACGUGCAGGUCAACAAGUUUGCCCUGGCUUCUCACUUUUUCUGGGCGCUCUGGGCCCUCAUCCAGAACCAGUUCUCCACCAUCGACUUCGAUUUCCUCAGGUACGCAGUGAUCCGAUUCAACCAGUACUUCAAAGUGAAGCCUCAGGUGUCCGCCUUGGAGAUGCCAAAGUGACCCGCGCCCCCCUCCCUCUCCUCCCCAUCUGCCUGGCAGGCUGGCUCUCCGGGACUCGGCUCUGUUCUGGGGUCUGUACCCUUGGACAAGGUGGGAGAGGGGACAGGGACUCCUCCUGUGCCCUCUGCUCUGCGCCGUCCCUCUGCAGCCUGCUGGGAGGAAGGCCGGGGAGCGCCACCGCCCUGGGCCUCCAGAGCCUGGCUCUUACUUCAUGCCGUGGCCUGGCCGGAGGGGCCAGCAGCCUUGUUCCUCCCCCUGCCUUCCAGGCAUCUGUCUCUCCAUGGCCACCCCCUUGGGGCCGACUAGUGGGAGCCAAGGAGCGGGCCGGGCCCAGGGCUCUCCUGGCAUGCUGGAGCCUGGGUCGGAACUGUCCAAAGGUGCUGACAUCAUUGACUCUCAGCAGUCUCCACCUCCUUCCUGCCCUCACAGCCCCUGGGCCCAAAAAGUGAUUCAUUUGUAAAUUAUCUUGAUUUUUCUGCAUUAAAAUGGCCAUUUCUGGA